AACUGGGGUCAUGGUGCAUAAAUUAUUAGAUUGAAUGAGGCCUUUAAAAUUGAAGAGCUAGAGGUUAAACUUCAGAGUGAAGAGAAGCAAAAGUUGUUCCUGGUUUUCCCAGUUAUUUGUUGGGAACUUGGGAGUUUGGUUUAAUGGUAGCCAGCUCUUCCUGUUUAUGAGUUUUGAGAAAACCCCGGCCCGGCCUCUUGAUCAUCGAUCACUUUGUAUUUCAGAUAAUGGCUCUCGAAGCUUUGGUGUUCCAACAGGGCUCCUACAGUUAUGGCUGCAGCGAUAUCUAUGUAUUAGGAGGAGGUGGGAGCUAUUGCCUUGGUCUUGAAGAAGACAGCAAAGUCUGCUUUGAAACACCUCACAACUAUAAUUUAGAAUCUUCUCCUUCUUCAUUAAUGGUGCAAGCUAGUGUGAAGGAGCGGGGCUCCAACACUAAUAUUGGGUUGUUGGGUCAAGGACUUUCUUCGGUGGAAGCUCCAGCAGCGACUAUGGGAAGGCUAAAAAGACGGCGCACCAGAAGCACCAAGAACAAGGAAGAAAAGGAGAACCAGAGAAUGACUCACAUUGCUGUGGAACGCAAUAGAAGGAAGCAAAUGAACGACUAUCUCGCCGUGCUUAGGUCUAUGAUGCCUCCUUCUUAUGUGCAAAAGGGGGACCAAGCAUCCAUCAUAGGGGGAGCCCUUAAUUUUGUGAAGGAGCUUGAGCAACUCCUCCAAUGCAUGGAAGCCCAGAAGAGAAGCAAGCAACCACCUGCAGACGGCAGUUUGUCCUCCUCUGUCCUCUCCGGUUUCUUUUCCUUCCCUCAGUACUCUGCCGAGAAGAAUUCAGGCAUUGCAGACAUUGAAGUGACAAUGGUGGAACGCCAUGCCAAUAUCAAAGUACUAUCAAGAAAACAUCCAAAACAGCUCUUGGAAAUGGUGGCCAGGUUGCACUCCUUGCACCUUUUCGUCCUUCACCUCAAUGUCACAACAGUUGAUAACAUGGUCCUUUACUCUUUCUGUGUCAAGGUUGAAGAUGAUUCUCAGCUAACCUCGGUGAAUGAGAUUGCAGCUGCUGUGAAGGAGAUGGUUGGCAGGAUCCAACUGGAAGCUCAAUUAAUUACUUGAUUAAUGCUUAUAUAGUUAUAUGUACUUAAUUGGCCAAGUGCUUAUUUCCGCUUCAUGCGUAUCUGAUCAGCAAUUUAAUGAAACCAUAUUGUGCAAGCAACGUUCAAUUGCCAUACUCUGUAAUUUGUAAAUAUAAUAAUGUAGCGUACGUAUUGGACCCUUAUUAA